UCCCAAUGCCAAUCCCAGCAACCCUUUGUAGUUUUGCACUGCGCUGAGUGGCAGCAUAGCUACUAUCACACACAGGCGACACACACAGAACUCUCUCUGCCCUGCCUCAGACUUUGCACACACCACCACCACACACAAAUGGGGAACAUGCUGCCAUGCUUGGUCCAAGGCAGCAGCAGUAUUGUGCCACCCAUGAACACCACCAAACACUGGUCUCGCUCCAUGAAACUCCUGGUGAGAACCCUCCGCCGGAGCACGGAGCGGCCCCAUGGCAGCAGCAGCAGCGUCAAAGCAGCUGCCAGCAGCAGGGAGACGCCGGCAGCAGACCAACAAGCCGCCCGGAGAACUAGGAGAGGUCCCCGGGGCGGCCAGAACCGGCGCGCCCCCGUCAGAGUCAAGGUCGUCCUGACGAGGGCGGCGGCCGCGCGGCUGCUCUCCCUCACCGCGCACGGCGACAGGACUGCCGCGCAGGUGGUGGGCGAGCUCAAGAGGAUGCAGGCGGCGGCCGGCAGCUCCUCCAGAGCCUCCACCGCGCAUCAGGUCAUCAACGAGCUCAAGAGGACGGAGGAACUACUCGUCGGCCGCGCAAAUACCUCCCCGUCGUCGGCGUCAACGACGACAUGGCGGCCGGUGCUAGAGAGCAUCCCUGAAUGGCCGUAGUAGCUCCGUAUGUGUUUAAUUGUAUUCUCCAUGAAUGGUUAACUUGUACAUCAGACGUGUGCAUUGCACGGAAUUCACCAUCACAUUGUGCUUCUUUUUCCCGUCAUCAAUCUUCUAAUCUUGUUCCUCUCCUUCAAUAAUCUCGUUGCUGUUAUUAUGUUCUUGGCCGUCCAUAUGCAAUCAUAUACAUGUAUAUGUCAUGCAUGUACGGAAAAAUGAUUUCUCUCUUCUGCUAUAUAUAUUGAGACAGGAAAAUGUACAACAAUAUCCUUCUCCA